AUGUCCACCAUGCAGUACUAUUCCUUCCACAUGAUGCAAAGAGAUGGCAAUUUCAAUGUUCUAUUGCGUGCCGGACGACUCUUUCAACAAUAUAUAGUCGACCAAUACGUAAAAGUUGAACAAGAACGUUUGAAUUACAUCUAUUACCACCAAAGUGACUUACGCGCCGAGUUGCACCAAGGUCUUCAAGACGCAAUCCUUAGUGGAGACACAGAUGGCAACACGAUUGGGAGACGAAUCAUCCUUCCUUCAUCAUUUACCGGAGGUCCUCGCAACACACAUCAGUUAUAUCAAGAUGCUAUGGCGAUAGUACGUCGCUUCUCCAAACCUGACCUCUUCAUCACCUUCACCUGUAAUCCGCAAUGGCCUGAAAUCCAAACUGCCUUACUCGAAAACCAAACUGCUGCAGAAAGACCAGACAUUGUUGCAAGAGUUUUCAAUCGGAAGAAAACAGCAUUCAUCCAUGAGAUCACGCAAUCCAAAAUCUUCGGUGAGGUUCAAGCGCAUGUCAACGUCAUUGAAUUCCAGAAGCGCGGAUUGCCACAUCUACACAUGCUGAUCAUUCUACAUCCAUCACAUAAACCACAAACACCACGUGAUUACGACCAAUUCGUAUCAGCAGAGAUACCACCACCUUCAAACAAACCGCUUCAUGAUGUUGUCACUCAACACAUGCUUCAUGGACCAUGCGGAGCAGCCAACCCAAACUCACCAUGUAUGGAUCAAGGCAUCUGCAAUAAAAAGUACCCCAAGACUUUCUGUGAGGAAACACAUCAAGCCCCUGAUGGAUACCCGUUAUACCGACGACCAGACAAUGGCCUUUUCAUCCAGAAACAUGGUGUCAAGAUGGACAAUCGUUGGGUGGUGCCGUACAACCCAUAUCUCUCAGCCAUGUUCCAAGCACACAUAAACGUUGAGAUAUGUUCUACCAUAACCGCUGUGAAAUACCUAUACAAAUAUGUAUAUAAAGGUUCCGACAGAAUCAUGGCAGCCAUCCAAGAUGAUCCCAAUUCCACGCAACCUGUCAAUGAACUGCAACGCUUCAAAGAUGCACGCUACAUAUCGUCAGGUGAAGCUGCAUGGCGGCUCUUCCACUAUGACAUAAAUGACCGAUCACCAGCCAUACAACGCCUCGCUGUUCACCUGCCACAACAACAUUCAGUGGUCUACACUCCAGGUAGGGUCCAAGAUGCCCUUGAACGUUCCAAAAACACCACGCUGACGGCUUGGUUCAUUGCCAACCAGGAGUACCCUCAAGCCAAAACUAUACCCUACCACCUCUUCCCAGAACAGUUCACGUGGAACAAAACGACAGGCAAGUGGACACCACGAAGGCGCUGUUCCGUGAUAGGCAGAUUAUACAGCGCAUCUCCUGCUGAAGGAGAACGUUACUACCUUCGACUGCUCUUGCACCACACACCCGGCUGUACAUCAUUUCAAGACGUCAAGCGACUAGACAAUGGAGAAGUGGCCAGUACAUUCAAGACAGCAGCUGUACUCCGUGGAUUCUUGCAAGAUGACUCUGAGUGGCGUAGAUGUUUGGAGGAAGCAUCCGUCAGUGGAUUCCCUGCACAAAUACGGCAGCUCUUUGCAACGAUACUCAUCUUCUGUGAUCCAACAGAACCACAAGAACUCUUCAAGACGUUUCGCCCCCACAUGACAGAUGAUGUAGUCCAUACAGCGAAAUCUCUCAAUUUACCAACCACAGACGAACAGCUGCAAAACCAUGCCCUUUUCCACAUACAACAGCUACUACACCAGCAUGGAAAGGACCUUAGUGACUUCCCCAACAUGCCAAUACUGCCUGAACACUACACUGGACUGGCAACAGACCCACACCUAGACUUCAAUCCAACAAUUGAAAAAGAAAAAGCAGACACCAAUGCAGCCCGCCUUAAUGCUGACCAAAAGGCCAUCUAUGAAGAAGUCAUCCAAGCAGUCAUCAACCAACAGUCCAAAGUUCUAUUCAUAGACGGACCUGGCGGAACUGGAAAGACCUUCCUCUACAACACAAUAAUCCACAAAGUUCGAUCAUUGAGUCUCACUACCAUCGCCACAGCUUCCUCCGGCAUCGCAGCAGAACUACUAGAGGGAGGACGAACUGCCCAUUCACAGUUCAAAAUUCCCAUACCUACCCAAAGACACAGCACCUGCAACAUUGGAAAGAACACCUGA